UAGGAUCACUCUCGUCGUCCAGUCGCUUAGCCACGCUCUCCGUAACGAGUCAUCGUGCCUCUAGCUGACACACGCACUAAAUGAACGUGUCGGCUUAUUUAAAAUUUGGCUACGCCAUCAUGAUCGUGGCACUUUUGCUGAUGUUUUGGGCCUCGAGUAUCAGAAUGCACGAACUUCCGGUCCAGUAUCCACCAUGUUUUUUCAACCCCUUGUGCACAUGCUCGAAGGCAGUUCCGGAUCUAGGAAUUGUGUCGUGCUAUAAUGUGCCGAUGCGACGAAUUCCUCACCCCAUUAAUUCCUCAAAGGUCUUCAUGCUGCAGCUAGAGAACAACGGGCUUCGCUCUCUUCAACCGCAAUUCCUUCUUAACACGGGUCUCUACAAGCUGCAGAUCAAGUAUAAUCCCAUAUCGGAUAUACCGGACGAGGCGUUUCUAGGGCUUGAAAGAUCGUUGUGGGAGCUUGAGUUACCCUACAACCGUCUCGCUAGAGUCCCAAGCAAAUCGUUCAGACAUCUACAAAAGCUUCGGCUUCUCGAUUUGACAGGAAAUCAAAUCUCACACAUCGCAUCUGACAAUUGGCGUGGCCUCGAGAAUUCUUUGCAAACUUUACGCCUUGGUCGGAAUGCAAUCAACAAACUUCCGGCAGACGCAUUCUCGGGUCUUUCAUAUUUGGAAUUUUUGGACAUCCGGGAAAAUAAUUUGAAAGAAAUUGACCCUUCAGUUUUUCGAGACGGAAUGGCCCAUUUGACACAUUUGUAUCUAAACGAUAAUCAAUUAACAAAUAUUCCCUAUUUACAACUAUCAAACCUGAAAAGAAUGAAGGUCCUAGAUUUAAGUUACAAUCGCAUUUCGAAAAUGAUCCAGCCUCAAACAGAAGUGGAAAUCAGGGGAAUUCAAAUGUCUUUAGAUGUAUUAAGAAUGGAUUAUAAUCAGGUAGAACGUCUGGAAAUGGGCUCUUUUCAUCAUUUUUACUUAGUUAACAAGACAUAUAUGAAUGGAAAUCCAAUUAAAGAAGUUGAGGAAGGUACAUUUAGAGAUUCUCGAAUUCGCGAACUUUAUUUUACCGACUGCGAUCUUUUGGAAGUAAGUUCAGAACAGUUUUCUGGAUUGGAAUCGUCCUUGGAGUUACUAGAUCUAUCAGGAAAUAACAUUACGGAAAUUGAAAGUCAUAUUUUUCAAGAAUUCGACUUUUUACGAACCCUCAUCUUCAGAGAAAACCACAUCGACUUUCUUUCUCAAGCUAACACUAAUGUUUCAGAAGAAGUAUUCAGUGGUUUUCAAUAUUCUUUGUACAAUCUCGAUUUAAGUGGCAAGAUAAACGGAAGAAUAUCUCUUCAAAAUCUGAGACAAAUGAGAAAUCUUCGAUUUCUUUCUAUAUCACAAAUGCCAAUGUCAACAUUGUCACCUGAUGACUUUUCGGAAUUUGGAAUGGACGUUAAAGAGCUGCAUAUAAUUCAGAGUAAUUUAAACACAAUAAAAAGUCACGCUUUUAUGCACAUUAGAGGGAUCAAAUACUUAGAUUUUUCCGAAAAUUCCAUUUCAUCGAUUGAAGACGACGCGUUUUCCGAGGUUGGACAUUCACUAAUGACUCUGAAAAUAGCACACGGACUUUCACCAUCAAUGAGUGAAUUACCCAACAAGCCAUUUAAAUUCCUCACAAAUCUGCAACAUCUCGACUUCAGCAAUAACAGAAUUCGAGCAAUGCCUGAAACUUCCUUCCAUUUUUUGAAGCGAAUUAAACGAAUCGAAUUGCAAGACAACGAAAUCGACAAUAUCCGCAAGGGUACGUUUCAGGGAGACAUUCACUCGAGUCUGGAAGAGGUUUAUUUCGGAUAUAAUAAAAUUCAGUCUAUCACAACUCACACAUUUGUCGAUCUUCCGAUGCUAAACGUUAUUAAUUUACAAGACAAUGUUAUUGAGAAAUUAGAAAGAAGAGCGUUUAUGAAUAUGAAUCGAUUAAAGUAUAUCAAUCUAAGAGGAAACCAAAUCAAGACCAUAGUGGAUGAAGUGUUCCAGAAUCUGCCAGAGCUUGAAUUUCUGGAUUUAGCCUAUAACGAUCUCAACGAUUUUGAUUUUAAUUAUUUCGACCAAGUGGGGACGCUUUCCUCAUUUAAGGUCAACGUGAGUCACAACGAAAUCUCUCAUUUGUCAGUUAAUAGCAGUACUUAUUCGUCAUCUCCAAUCAUUGGGGGAGUUCUCAACUCGAACAUUAAGGUCCUGGACUUGAGUUACAACAACAUCUCUCACAUAAUGAAGAUGUAUUUCAAGCCAGUUGAGUUUUCUCUAACGCACCUGUACCUUUCGCACAAUAAAAUGAACAACGUGACCCAGAGUGUUUUUGGAAACAUGCCACAUCUUCAGUGGCUCGAUUUGAGUUACAAUAAAUUAAUAGAAGUCGAUUUCGAUUGCUUCAAAAAUACUAAAAAUCUUCAGGUUUUGCACCUUUCUUGGAAUAAUAUUAUAGACAUCCCAGCGGAUGCUUUCAAGCCUCUGAAGAAACUGAGAAUUGUGGACCUUUCUCACAAUCGACUUCGCACUCUGCCGGAUAACCUAUUCAAUGAGGCUUAUAUCGAGAGUUUGGAUUUAUCACAUAAUCAAUUCAUGAGAAUGCCAGUCAAGAUUAUGUCAAUGACUGCAGCUCAAAGCCUGUCAAGUUUUGAUCUUUCAUGGAAUUUGCUUUCUGGUGUACACGGCACGGAUGCCAUUUUUAGGUUAAAGACAUUAACGUGGUUAGAUCUUUCUUAUAACCGGUUGGUGAGACUCGAUGAUGGAAUAUUUUCGGAUCUACGUCAUUUGGAUUAUUUGGAUUUGAGCCACAAUAAACAAUUAAUUUUGGAAACACGUGGUAGAACUUUUAAUGGUUUAGAGGAUUCUCUUUUAUUUCUUGGACUCAGCAAUAUUUCUCUUCUUAACGCUGGAGCACUUUGCAAAGCAUCGAAACUGCGAACUUUGCUGAUAACUGCUUACACGGAAAUAAAAAAUUUCAACUUCCCAAAUCUUCUCGAAUAUAACCAUGGGCUCAAGAAUUUAUUUAUUGAAGUGCAAAAUGAGACGAGUCUCGAGAAAGAAAUGAAAGGGAGGUUUCCUGUGAAGCUUUACAACUUUACUUUCAGUGGCAGGGCUUUCAAGCAUUUGCACAAUGAUAUAUUACAGGGGAUAAGAAGUCCUCAUUUGCAUUUUGGACUUCUCAACACAAGUGUGAGUACCGUCCAUCGUGAUUUAUUCACCAAUGCCAUGAGUGUAAGAAAUUUAACUAUAAGUCUUCACAAGAAUGAUGUAAGGACUCUUUCGAAUCCUUCUUCUGCUCACAAACCAAGUGUUCCGGGUAAAAGAUUCCUCAUGAGGCUCAGAAUGGCUGGAAGUCACUUAGACUGUGAUUGUGACAUUGGAUGGAUCGAAAUGUGGCAAAGAAAGCACAGACAAUACCAGGAGGAUCGUUGCAAUUCGCAUUACGAAUUAACAAAUUAUGAACGCGAGGAAGACAUUGAAUUUAAUUGUUGGGACAACGGUUGGGACGACGAUCUUCGGGAAACUUUUUGCAUUAAUAAAAAUAAUAUGUCAGUCUCAGAUAUCCUCAAAAAAGAGCUCGAAUGUGGAUGGAGUUCAGCUCCUUCUCUCAAUUUUCCAAAUCUUGCUAUUCUCUUCUUUUUCACAAUCACUUCAAUCUAUGCUUACUAAUUUUUUUUAUUUUUGCAAUUUUUGAGUUACAUUCUUAUUCCUUUACAAUCUUUCACUAGAUCUUAUUUCGAAAGAAAGGAAAUUGUCACUUUACCUUAAGUACUUUGAAUCAAAAUUUUUUAAUUUCAUUAUACAAAUAUUUUUUAUUCCACUUUAAUUUUUAAAUUUUCAUUUAUUUUCCAAUCCGAAUUUUAAUUUAGAUUCAUCUUUGUUCUAAUUUUUCGCAGAGAUUGAAAACUAAGAGAAGACUCUUGUACAAAAUGGUCUAUUCACAUAAUCAUUUCACUUGAAACUUUAAUCUAAAAAAUGGUCAGAAUUGACGUUUUUUAUUGUCUUCAAAGGAAGAUUUAAAAUUUAUUUUCGUAACAAUAUAAGACUAAAUUCUAGAAACAAAAUCGGUACGAAGAUCAUUUUAAGCCGAGAGAAAUUCUCUCUAAUUGUGAGAAAAAUAAAUGAAAAAAUUAUAAAUAUACGAAAUUAUCGAAAAUCAUAAGAGUAUCAAAGUUUGGAAUCUAAAUUUUUCUUUCAGAAGAGAAGAGGAAAAAAUUAAAUUGUAGCUUUUAUACGUGUCUACGUGUACAUAGAAGAAUGCGCAGAAUAAGAAACUCCGCGGAAAGAUUUAAUUUAAAUGAUUAACAAUUGUUGCCAAAAAUUUAAGUAUUUAAAUUUAUUAUAAAAACAAAUUUUCUAAAAUUAAAUUUAAACCUAGUAUUUCAAUGUUAAAAUAAUCUUUUCGUAGAGCUUCUAUGAAAUAAAAAAUUCCAAAUACGAAUAUAUUAUGCAAACUGAGAAUCGAGAAUAGCGAUUGAAUAAUAAUUAAUUUCGGUCGAUUAUUGUACGUUUAUUUUACUACGUACUUAUUAAUAAAAUACUCUAGUAUUAAGAGCUCGAAAAAAAGGAAUUUUUCUGGCUUUUCGUAUUAUUAUAUAAAUAUUCGAUAAGACGAUAAUUUAGUCCGAACUUAGAUGAAAACAAAUAUCUA